AUGUUGAUCGGCAACAUCUACGUGAUUGCGAGCGUCGCCGUCGUCGGCGGCGGCUUGUUUGGCUUUGAUAUCUCCUCCAUGUCCGCUCAGCUGAGCGAAAAUUCCUAUCUAUGCUAUUUCAACCAGGGCCCUAAGGGACCCCCCUUUACUGACGAUGAUGACUGUUCCGGUCCCACAUCCCUCAACCAAGGUGGCAUCACGGCCGCCAUGGCAGCUGGAUCGUGGCUGGGUGCCUUGAUUUCCGGUCCGCUUUCCGACCGCAUUGGACGCAAGACAUCCAUCAUGGUCGGCUGUAUCGUUUGGCUGAUUGGUUCCACCAUUAUGUGUGCGUCGCAGAACAUUGGCAUGCUCGUUGUUGGGCGGGUCAUCAACGGUCUCGCUGUGGGCAUAGAAUCUGCUCAGGUCCCCGUCUACAUCAGUGAGCUUUCGCCACCCUCCAAGCGCGGUCGGUUUGUAGGCAUGCAGCAAUGGGCCAUUACAUGGGGUAUCCUCAUCAUGUUUUAUAUCUCGUACGGCUGCUCCUUCAUCGGGGGACAGAAGUCCUACAACUACAGCACUGCUUCUUGGCGGGUCCCCUGGGGUCUGCAGAUGCUGCCGGCUGUUUUCCUUUUCCUUGGCAUGCUGGUUCUGCCCGAGUCUCCUCGCUGGUUGGCGCGCAAGGAUCGUUGGGAGGACUGCCACCGGGUCUUGGCUCUCGUCCACGCCAAAGGUGAUCUCAGCCAUCCUUUCGUUGCGCUAGAGCUGCAGGAUAUCCGGGAUAUGUGUGAGCUAGAACGUCAGUUCAAAGAUGUCACUUAUCUUGACUUGUUCAAGCCGAGGAUGAUCAAUCGUACGAUGAUCGGUCUUUUCAUGCAGAUCUGGUCUCAGCUGACCGGCAUGAAUGUGAUGAUGUACUACAUCACCUACCUCUUCUCCAUGGCUGGGUACACCGGUGACUCCACCCUCCUUGCUUCCUCCAUUCAAUACAUUAUUAAUGUGUUUAUGACCCUGCCGGCUCUAAUCUGGAUGGACAAGUGGGGGCGUCGCAUGCCAUUGCUGGUUGGCGCAGCUCUCAUGGCCAUCUUGAUGUAUGCCAACGGUGCGAUCAUGGCGGUUCAUGGUACUGUGGUGCCUGGGGGCAUCAACGGUGUUGCGGCCGAGUCAAUGCGUCUUCACGGCGCUCCGGCCAAAGGUUUGAUUGCUUGCACAUACCUCUUCGUCGCGUCGUAUGCGCCUACCUGGGGUCCUGUGUCUUGGACCUAUCCCCCUGAGUUGUAUCCGCUCCGGUUGCGUGGUAAGGGAGUGGCCUUGUCGACCUCAGGUAACUGGGCGUUUAACACUGCAUUGGGACUGUUUACACCGACGGCCUUUGAGAACAUCCGCUGGAAGACCUACAUCAUGUUUGGGGUGUUCAACACUGCGAUGUUCUUGCACGUGUUGUUCCUUUUCCCGGAGACAGCAGGAAAGACGCUCGAAGAGACGGAAGCGAUGUUUGAGGAUCCCAACGGCAUCAAGUACAUUGGAACACCGGCCUGGAAGACCAAGAUGAAGACCCGGCAAGUGGAGCAGUUGGAGCACGGCCAAGUGGAUGUGGAAUCAAAGAUUGAAACCCGCCACGCAGAGACCUCCGAGACCGUCACAAAAUCGCAGGAGGCGACGGCCUAA